AUGCCGGGAUUCGGUGGUAGGCGGCGGCAGUUCGGCGCAUUGGGGGCUGCCCGUGGGGCGCGUGGAGUGCUGGAGGAGUUGAUGGCCGUGCGCGAGAUGCUCUCUUCUGUGGCUGUGAUGAUCAGGGCUUUGGGUUCAGGGGAUGUGAGUGCUGUAUGGAGACAACUGAGCAAUGCUGUCCCAGGGCUGACAAACACUGAGGAUGAGAACUGUCAGAGAUGUGUGGAUGAUGUGAUGAAGCUGAAAGCUCAGAUGCGUGCAGAAGAAAAUGAGUUUAUCACGUGGAAUGAUAUCCAGUCCCGUGUGGAUGGUGUGCACUUAGCUGUGCAUGAAGAACAUGAAAGAGUUUUGGCUGUUGGGCUUAUCAGCGAGGCGCUGGAUGAAGGAGACACCAGAAAAACUCCAAGCUUACAGAUUCCUGCAGCAAACCUGGAGGGUGUAACCCCACAGGUAGGUCAGCAUUAUCAGGGCACACUGCUUCGGGCUAAGAGAGAGAAAGCACAGGACACUCAGGAUGAAACAGCUGUGCUUUGGCUCGAUGAAACUCAGGAUGGGAUUCAGAAGGCUAACAGGGACACUGAAGAGUCACAGAGAUUUUCCUUAGGCAUUCUGGCCGUGAAUGCAGCAGUCGGUCACGGAGAUACCAGCCCUACCCUGAGUGCCUUGUGCUCACCAGAUGUGGGGCUGUACGGAGUCGCUGCAGAGUGUGCAGAGACAUACCAGCGAGAGUUGGCAGAAGUCGAAAGGAGAAAAGUGGCCACAGGAAAUUGA